UUCAUUAAGUUUAAAGUGACGAGAGUAAUGAUGAUCAAAUGGUCAUAAGUUAUUGAACUGUACAAAGCGCGAUUUAAAUAUGGCUAUGGAGUCGAAUAUGGAGGGAGAUUUUCGUGUCGAAGAAUCGCAAAAACAAUGCUGCACUUUCAAACGAAAGAUAGGUCCUAUUCAAAUCAACCUAAAUCCAGUCGUCACCCUUGUUUCUGCCAGCAUUAUUUGGGCUCUCAUGAUCUGGUGUAUUGUUGAUACCGAGCGGGCUUCAUACAAAAUGACGCAAAGCAAAAUAUGGAUUACUGAGACAUUUAGCUGGUUGUACAUUAUAACCCAGGAUGCAUGGUUUGUCUUUUUGAUUAUCGUAUAUUUCUCAAAAUAUGGCAAUAUUAAACUUGGCAAAGACGACGAAGAGCCGGAAUUUAGUGAUGUCUCGUAUUUCACAAUGCUUUUUUCAGCAGGGAUUGGAAUCGGACUUUUCUAUUUUGGUGUAGCGGAACCAGUGUUUCACUACCAACCGAAAAGCCCGAAUAGAAAUAGAAUUUGGCACAGCAAAACAGACAAUGAAAGAGCUCAGGAUGCCAUGAACCUCACAUUUUUUCAUUGGGGGAUACAUGGAUGGAUAUGCUACACGUUAGUUGGUCUGAUCAUGGCUUUUAUAGCAUACAGAAAAGGACUUCCAAUGACAAUACGUUCAUGCUUUUACCCCCUUCUCGGAGAUAGAAUAUUUGGAGUUGUCGGCGACAUUAUCGAUAUUUGUUCAGUCGUGUCAACAAUGUUUGGAGUUGCAACAAGUCUUGCUUACGGUGUGCAAACCUUGAACGCGGGAUUAAAUCGUAUGCAUAGUGGUAUAACAGAAACACCUAACAAUCAAAUUAUCAUUAUCUGGGCUGUUACAUGUUGUGCCACUCUUUCGGUUAUUUCCGGACUUAAGGCUGGAAUUCGUCGCCUUAGCGAGAUAUGUUUUGGACUUGGCAUAUUUUUGAUGCUGUUUGUGUUCUUUCACGACAGCACAUGGUUCUUUUUGAAUUUGUAUGUUCAAAGUAUUGGUUAUUAUUUUCACAACAUCGUGCAAAACGCAUUCCACACUGACGCCUUUGCACAACUUGGAAAUGCUCCGGAUAAUAGGCAUGCACCACGAUGGAUGAAUGAAUGGACGAUAUUCUAUUGGGGCUGGUGGAUAACAUGGUCACCGUUUGUUGGUAUGUUCAUCGCCAAAAUUUCGCGAGGUCGAACAGUUAGAAGCUUCAUCAACGCCACAUUAACCGCACCAAUAUUAUAUCUCUUUCUCUGGUUUACUAUUUUUGGUGGCGCAGGGUUGAAAAUGGAGCGGGAUGCUUCCACUGCUAAAGUAUUCUGUAACUCGACCCUUGGUGGCACAGACGCGACAGAACCCUUUGAAAGAAUGUUUCGCUUAUCUUGCAGAAACAAGAGUCAAAUGUAUUUCGAUGUUAUCCAACAAUAUGGGGACAAUCUUGGGGGAUUUUUGCGAGUCGUUUCACUAAUUAGUGCUGUACUGUACUUUGUUACAAGUUCUGAUAGUGGCUCUCUUGUUAUCGAUUGUCUUUCAGCAAAUGGAAAUCCUGAUCCACCAAUAGCUCAGCGUGUAUUUUGGGCGUUUACUGAAGGAGCCUGUGCUACAGCGCUGUUGAAAGCAGGAGGGGAAAAAGCUAUCGAGGCUCUGCAGUCGGUUGCGAUAGCCGCUGGCUUACUUUAUGCUGUAAUUCUAAAUCUUAUGUGCGUAUCUCUUUGGCGAACAAUGCAGAUGGAAGUAGGCGAUUAUGAUUUCAACAAAAAGACAUUUUCCUCCAGUAUCGUGUCAGUUUUUGACGUGCCAUCAUUGAAAAGAUUUUCUGAUAUUGUGAUUUCAAUUUUCGCCCCUUGGUGGCCUGCUGGACGUGCAGCUGGAUUGCUAUUUAUGGUUCAUCCCUGGCGUCACAUGUUAGUCAUGGGCAUUUUGUUCAACGGAUGGAUUUUACUGCUUAUCUUGCAGAUUAUAGAAGCUGGGUUGGCGUACAUUGGUUGGGUCCUUUUGUGUUUCUUUUUGGCAUAUCUCACAUGGAUAAGGAUGGCUAUACGUGCACGAUUUGAUAUAGAAAAUAGCGUCAUUGAAGAUGGCAUUGUCUGUUUUGUUUUUUAUUUUUUAGCCGUCGAUCAGAUGUAUCAGCACAUGAUGAUUGAAGAAAAAAAUAAAAAAGAUGACCGCACGUUUGGAAUCCGCCUUAUGAAUAGCAAUGAAGCUAAUUCAACGAAAAAUGGAUCAGCGGAAAAGUUGAAAGCGCCAGAAAAUGUUUAAAGGAAGAAAUAGUGUUUUUUGUCCAUAUUUUUAGCACGGGGAAUAUUAAAAUAAAAGUAGUUUCGGAUAACGUCAGUAUUUUCUUAAAACCAUGAACACAUGGUGCAGUGUAUGCAGAAGCUUAAUUGAGUAACGUGCAGCUAGAUUAACGACCAAAGUGUGCAAGGUUUUAGUUUUUCAAUUAAUCGAUCACUGCAAGCGAUGCAUGUAAUAAAAUAAUGCAUAACCCUGCAUGUUCAUGAUUUUAAUUCCAGCAAAUUUUUAAAUUUGUACAAAAUGGAAACUUUUUGUGAUGUUUCAUGUUUCAUUUUUUUUACUUAACAUUCUGGAGUACGACACGACGGUGGACCGAAGACCUUAGGAAUACGAAUAGCACGAUCAACGAUUUGGAUGUCGACUCAAGAUCAUGAUAAUUAAAUUUACGUUGAAAAAUAUAUGCUACAAGUAGAAUUUAGAUGAUAAAUCUUUAAUAUUUGAUUUAUUAA